CGGCAGAAUCAGAUGUUUUGAGAUUUAUACAUUCGUAAUAUUUUACAUAUUUUGACCAUGGAAAUAACAUAUCAAUACACAAAGGUGCGAUGCAGCUUCGGGCGGCAGCCGCUGUUCUGCGAGCAGGGCCCCGAGAUGUGCGACUCCGUGGCCGCCAACGAGAAGGAGCAGAAGCUGUACAUCCUGCGCAACCCCGUGCACCAGCCCACGCAGAACACGCCCUUCUUCUCCGAGAACCACGUCAACACCAUCCGGGCGGAGUACUCCACGAGUGGCGCCAACCACGCCGAGGGCGGCUGGCCCAAGGACGUCAACGUCAUCGACCCCGAGGCCACGCAGCGCUAUCGGCGCAAAGUUGAAAAGGACGACGGCUACAUACACUGUGUCAUGUCACUUGCUGGAGGUAUGGAGCACUACGUAUUACAAAAUAAUGCAAUCGACAUGUACGAAACGUACUACGCGGAGAUGAGCGCGCUGCCCGCCGUGGAGCGGAACAGCAUGCGCACCGUGAACGUGUACCGCGACCCGAGCGCGCCCGGCGCCGGCCGGCCCGUCAGCUCCGUGGCCUGGGACCCCGACGGCGGCCACCACUUCGCCGUCAGCUACGUCGACGUCGACUUCAACCGCAUCCCGCGCGGCUCCGUCGACGCCUUCUUCUGGGAUUUGGAAAACGCGAACCUGCCGCUGCUCGCCGUCACGCCGCCCUGCACGCUGCUCGACCUGCAGUACAACCCGCGCGACCACAACGUGCUGGCGGGCGCGCUCGUCAACGGGCAGGUGGCCGUCUGGGACCGCCGCAAGGGCGGCCCGCCCGUCAACACUUGCCCUCCCCACGUGGCUCAUCGUGAUUUAGUUCGAAACGUCCUAUUCAUUUCUUCCAAAUCCGGCCAAGAAUUUUUCUCCGCCAGCCCCGAUGGAGCGUGCAAGUGGUGGGACUGCCGCAACAUGAACGACUACACGGAGGAAAUGAUCAUUGACUUGGUCAAGUCGGCGAAUGACGUCCCAAAUAUGGCGUCAUCGUUCGGAAUCAGCGCACUAGAAUAUGAGCCCACGAUUCCAACGCGAUUCAUGGUUGGGACUGAGAAUGGCUGCGUGAUCGGUGGGAACCGUAAGGGAAAGACGCCUCUGGACAAACUCCCAGGAAAGUUCGACGCCCACCUGGGCCCGGUGUGGGCGCUGCGGCGCAACCCCGGCUUCCUGAAGAACUUCCUGACGGUGGGCGACUGGACGGCGCGCGUGUGGAGCGAGGACUGCCGCGAGUCCGCCGUCAUAUUCUCGCCGCCGCAGCGCCACAAGAUCACCGACGGCGACUGGAGCCCGACCAGACUGUCGCUGAUGCUGCUGACGCAGUGGGACGGGCUGGUGUCGGCGUGGGACCUGCUGCGGCGCCAGCACGAGCCCGUGCUCACCAUGCAGGCCUGCGAGGAGCCGCUGCUGCGCGUCACCAUGCAGGACGCGGGCUCGCUGGCGGCUUGCGGCAGCCGCAAGGGCAACAUCUACAUGAUAGAAAUGUCACACAGCCUCACGCAAUCGGACAAGAAUGACAAGAGUCUGAUGACUAUUAUGUUGGAGCGCGAGGCGAAGCGCGAGCGCAUCCUGGAGGCGCGCCUGCGCGAGAUCCGGCUGAAGAUGCGCCAGGCGGAGGAGGGCAGCCCCACGCACUCCAUCGGCGAGCCCGACCCGGCCGUGGGCGACCGCGACCUGGCCGACGCCGCCGCCGAGUACACGGCGCUGGUCAAGAAGGAGAUGGCCAGCAUGUGACCGCCCACCGCCGACCUCGCGCACACAUUCACGACUGUCUUGUUGCCUUGUCACCAGCU